UAGACAACUGACAUGAUGCUAUCACAAAUGGUUGGGAUUAAAAAAAUAUAUUUGUACUAACAUUUCUUAACAUUUUGAUACAGGUUUAUAGAAAAUCACACAUGCUUGUCUGAUACCAAGAAAUCCGCAGGCUAUAAAGAGAACAGGAAGAGAAGGGAUUUUGCAUGUAAUAUGAACUGUACGUGCAUAUUGCAGAGAGUAGCAUAACAUUUGUUUAGCUAAAACAAGAAGGCAUAUUGCAUAGCGAGUGAGAAAGAAAGGGAGAUGGAGAAAUAUGAGUUGGUGAAAGAUUUAGGAGCUGGGAAUUUUGGGGUGGCAAGGCUUUUGAGGCACAAAGAAACCAAAGAACUUGUUGCCAUGAAAUACAUAGAAAGAGGUCACAAGAUAGACGAGAAUGUUGCAAGGGAGAUUAUAAAUCACAGAUCAUUAAGGCACCCUAAUAUAAUUCGAUUCAAGGAGGUGGUUUUGACCCCAACUCAUUUGGUAAUUGUGAUGGAGUAUGCAGCUGGUGGAGAACUCUUUGAAAGAAUCUGCAAUGCUGGUAGAUUCAGUGAAGAUGAGGCUAGAUAUUUCUUUCAGCAGCUGAUCUCUGGGGUUAAUUUUUGUCACAACAUGCAAAUCUGCCAUAGAGAUUUGAAACUGGAAAAUACUCUGUUAGAUGGAAGUCCUGCGCCUCGAUUGAAAAUCUGUGAUUUUGGUUACUCUAAGUCCUCUUUGCUGCAUUCAAGGCCGAAAUCAACUGUAGGAACUCCGGCAUACAUAGCACCGGAAGUUCUCUCUCGGAGAGAGUAUGACGGAAAGAUGGCAGAUGUUUGGUCAUGUGGAGUUACUCUUUAUGUGAUGCUGGUGGGGGCAUACCCAUUUGAAGACCAAGAUGACCCCAAAAAUUUUAGGAAAACAAUUCAGAAAAUUAUGGCUGUCCAAUACAAAAUUCCUGACUAUGUUCAUGUAUCUCAAGCUUGCAGACACCUGCUAUCUCGCAUAUUCGUUGCAAACCCUUCCAGGAGAAUUUCACUCUCAGAAAUCAAAAGCCACUCAUGGUUCUUAAAGAACUUGCCAAAGGAACUGAGUGAAUCAUCACAAGCCAUUUAUUACCAGAGAGAUAAUCCAAGCUUUUCUGUUCAAAGUGUGGAGGAGAUCAUGAAAAUUGUGGCCGAGGCAAGACAGCCACCUCCAUCAUCCAAGCCUGUCAGAAGUUUUGGUUGGGAAGUAGAAGAAGAUGAAGAUGAUGAAGACAUCGACGCAGAGGUAGAAGAGGACGACGGAGAAGAUGAGUAUGAUAAGAGGGUCAAGGAGGUUCAUGCAAGUGGAGAGUUUCAUAUCAGUUAAGCAGUAUGGUCUUUGUUAAAUUAUUACAUGAAUUCAGUAGUAAUGUGAACCUUAGUGGAUUGCUCUUCAUGUGUAUUAUAACAGGUAAUAACUGCUGCAUAAACCUAUAAAUUUGUGAACUUGAAACUCGGUAUGUUCUAACUUGUAUCACUGUUCAUGUAAUGCAUUAUUGACUUCUCCUUAAGAAAUGAUGGAUGGCUUGUUUAA